GACGUGGAUCUCAGCUGUCAUCCGUGUCAAAUUGAAAGCAAAUAAUAAUGAAAAGGGAAAGUAUAUUUUUCUUUAAAAACUAUUAGAAAGGAAAUUUUCAUAGUCAGUACAAUGGCUGAUAAUUCUAAAAGAACGGUUGCUGAAAAAUUAGCAGCUGCCAAGAAGAAGCAUAAAGCUUACUUAAAAGAAAAGACUCUCAAAAAUAAUGUGACAAAACGGAAGGACCAAGAAAUUGAAAAUGAGCGAAUUCAACCUGAUACAAUUCCAAUUGAAUCUGACAGAAUAGAAAGUAAUAAUAUAGAUAAUAUUGAUACUAAUCACCUUAGUGAAAAUGAAAACGAGAAAACACAAGUAGAUUUUUCUCAAAAUAAUGCAUAUGAAGCUGAUCUGCCUCUUCCACAGUAUCCAAUGGAUAAUUAUCAGGCUAGUUCAUUACCUGAUCCACUUUCAUUCUUUGACAACUUCAAUUACUCAAAUGUUGGUACUACUUUUCAGAAUAUUACACAACCCCUCACUAGCUUCUUCAACAAUUCAAAUAAUAAUCCAUCAGAUGAAGAUAUUGUGACACCAAAUCAAAUACUUAUUGAAGAGCCUAAUUUGAAUAUUAGUAAUGAAUGCAAUCUGCAAUCAUCCCAGAAUUUAAUGAAUGAGGAUACCAUUGGACAACAAUUAUUUUCAUAUGACAGAUUUAAAGUUAACGCUAUUAACAAUCCUUUUACUGCAAAUGAACCUCAGAUAGAUUCAAAUUCAGAAACAAAGGAGUUCAUAGAAAAUCCAGUAUUUGAUCAAUUUACAAAUGCUAUUGAGUCGUCAACAGAUUUUCAGAAUUCAGGCACUGCUUCACAAAAUUUUGAAAACUUUGCAUUUCCCCCUGCUACUAUUCAAAGCAAUUUACAAGAAUUUAUUCCAAAUGCCCAAGAGCUAGUCAUUCCAGAAAAUAUAAAUGAUAAUAUAUCUGUUACAUUUGAAGUUAAACCAGAACAUAAAACAGUGGCAAUAAAUGAGAAUGAGAAUUACAAUUCAAAUUUUGAAGUCAAGGAUGAAAUUUCAAAAGAAAGUUCAAAUCCCCAUUCCAAUUCACUGAGUUUUCAAGAUAUUUCGAAUGAUAUGAAUGUCUACAUUAAGCAGGCACGACAAUUUGUAGAUUUUUCAAAUAUUUCUUCAAAUGAAAGACCGAAAGAAGGAACUGAAGAACUUCAAUUGUUAUUAGAUCUGCAGAAUGCAAAAUGUCUUGAAUUAAGCCAGAAGUUAUUUGAAUCAGAAACAAAAUAUUCAAAAUUGGAAACGGAUUAUAGAAAUUUGGAAAUGAGAAAACAGGAGAUUGAAUCUGAUUUGAAUUCGCAGGGGGAUAGCCAUAUGGCUAAUGAUCUGAGUAAACUAAGGGAAGAUUUACAGUGCCAUCUACAGACAAUAGGUAUGUUGGUUGCUGAAAAAACUGAACUAACUACCUUGUUGCAAGAAACCCAAACAGCUUUCAGAAAUGAAUCUUCUCAGUGUGUAGAUUUACAGAACGAAAUCAAAGAGAUGAGGAUUUAUUAUUCUGAUUUAGAACAUGAAUUACAAUCGUUAAAAUCUGAAAAAAUCAGUCAAAAUAGUUCCCAGAAGGAGAAAGCUGAUAUCUGUGAGAAAUUACAGAAGGAACUCGAUGAAACAAAGGCGCAAUGUGAAGUCUAUAUGCAAGACCUCUUGGAAAGUAGGGAAAAGCUUAAAGGAGUAACUGAGAGUAAUCUAGAGUUGCAACGACAAAUUCAAGAAAUGGGCGGUCAACUUUCAAUGGCAAAUAUCAAGAUACAACAGUUAACUCUUCAAGAAUCUUCAGAACUAGAAAGUCAACUGAGGAAAUUAAUUGAAGAGAAGAGUUCUUAUGAAAAGCAGAUAUCCAUGUUGAAUGAUGCUUUGAAAACAGUUUCGAAAGAAAGAGAAGAAUCCAAUAUACAAUACCAACAAUAUGCUCAACAGUUGAACGACCAAAUAUCAACUAUGGUUCAGAGACUAGACGAGCAACAAAAAAAUAAUGACCAGUUGAAGUUGCAAGAAGAAAAUCGCAUUAAACACAUAGGAGAUUUGGAAAAACAAUUACAAAAUGUACAAAGCGAUAAUACAUCGUACAACUUGCAGAGGAAUAACAGUUUCCUGAAAAAGGAACUCGAAAAUUCAGUAGAAGUAAAUAAAAAUUUAGCUGAAGAAAAAGAACAAUUGAACAAUAAUUUGAUGAAGGCUUUAGUUGAUAAGGAAGUUUUGGAGAAGGAAUUGGUGGAUUGUAAAUUUUCAAUAUGUCAAUUAGAGUCCACCGUCGAGCAGCUUAGAGGAAGUCAACCGGACAAUGCUGUUCUUUUGGCAACUAUGGAGAGUGAUAAGGUUGCAGCGUCUAGAGCUAUAUCGCAGAAUAAUGAACUUAAGAAACAGAUGGAGGGCAUGCAAGAGGUCAUGUUAAAAGUGAAUAACGAUAAUGUUCAAUUGACUGAAACUGUGUCAUUGGAAAGAAAAACUAACAAAGAACUUUUGGAAAAAUUACAAAAGACAGAAAUUUCAUUCCGAACAUUAGCCGAAGCAAUUGAAAUCAAAGAUAAGGAAUUAGUGCAUCUUAGAAACCAAAUAGAAAAUAUGACAAAACAGAUUAUUCAUCAAGAACAAUUAUCCGACCGUUUACAUCAUUAUGAAGCCCAAAAUCACAGUUCUUCCUCCCUUCAAUUGGAAUUACAAGAAGCUAAGCAGAUGAUUGCUCAUUUAACUAACGAACUGAAUAUAAUGAAGAGAAGUCAAUUAAACCAAACUAGUCAAAUGAACCAAACUAUGUCCAUUGAUCAGACUGAUCAAAUGAACCAAACUAAUCAAAUUGAUCAGAUAAAUCAGAAGACGCAAACAAAUGGCAAUUUUAGAAAACCCAAAGCGCAAAAUGGUGAAUUGACAAAUUCUGAUGUAACGGAGGAGUUAAGAAUGCAAUUGAGUAAUUUGCAGAUACGAAACAAAGAACUGGAGCAGUUGUUGCAAAACUUCCAUUCAACAGAAGAGAAGAAAAGCUUCGACACAAACGGAAAUGAACAUUUGGACAAAGAAACUGCAAUGACGCAUUUGGAAAAAAAAUUCUUGAGAACAAUGGAGGAAAUUGCGAGACUAACAGAAGAAAAGCAACGAUUGGAACAUCUAGUCUUACAGUUACAGGGUGAAACGGAAACUAUUGGAGAGUAUGUGACAUUAUAUCAGCAACAAAGGAGUAUUUUGAAACAGCGAGCCUUGGAAAAAGAUCAACAAUUGCAACAGUUGACGAACGAUAGAGAAAUAAUAAAAGCUAAUCUAGAUCGUUUGAAUAGUUUGGUGAAAAAAUUAAUAUCUGAAAAAGGUGCUAUUCCUAAAGAGCUACUAGACCAGCACGAACAUUUCAGUAAAGAUAAAAACGAUCUAUGCACAGAACAUCAAAAAAUACAUCAUGAAAUAAAUAAAAUAGCAAGUAAUGGAAUUGGUAACUCGGAAAUUAUUAUCAACCCAAACACGGAAAUUGCUGAGGAAAUCAUUAGUCUUUUAUCUGAAAUUAAAUCUAGUAAUUUGGUGCAACCUAAUGAUGAGGGCAUACAUCAUUGUCCGUGGUGUUCAGGAAAAUUAAUUACAGUUUAAUUUCUAAGAAUCCAAUUUUAAAAAAUCUAUUGAUAAUAUAGCCCUGUAUUUGAUGUAUUUUAUUUAAAAUAAAUAUUUCAUUUUAUUCUACUAUGAGGUGUAACUUCCAAUAUGUUCAUUCAUAAAGUAGGAUAUUUGGUUUAUUUUUAUCAUCUUUUAUCGUUUCUUAUACAUAUAAGGUAAAAUAUAUAUUUUUUUUCGUUGAAAUAGGAAAACUUUUAUAUAUUUCUAUCUUCCAAGAGAUCAUCUAGAGUUCUAUGUUAUUAUUAUAAUUAAAAAAAUUUAUGACAGCAUUUUAUAUCCAGCAGAUCUUCUGGAUGUAUUGAAUUGGCUGUUAAUUUUGUACAUAGAUAAUUUAUAUAAUAAAUAUUGUUGAUUAA